GAACGCGCGUUCACUCGGCCCGCUCAGUACGCAGCCGUCCUCCCGUGAGUGCGCGUCGUGUUGCGACCUCGUCUCGGGCUGUGCGCUCGCAACGGACAUUCCGCGUAUGUACCGAAACCCCGGUGUAAUAUCAUCGAAGCCGCAGGACGUGCUGGUCAUUCCCUUCGAAAUGCCGCGCCACCGAUGAAGAAUCGACGAGUUGGAGAGGAGAAAAGAGGUGCGAAGGAGGUCCCCAAGGAUCGGCGAGAUGACUCCUAGAGGAAGGCGCCUCGUUUCUCAGGAAUGGAUAGGAAUAAUCCUGCUGUUGAUCGGCAACGUCGCCACCGAAACGACGACCGUCUCGAGCCAGGGAGGGAAAGAGUCCCCCAGGUCGGAGGUUCCCGAGAAGAGGAAGCUGGACCUCGAGGAAUCCCCGUUGGUUCGUAAGGUGAACGACUCGAAGAGCUCGUGGGAAAUCGAAGAGUGGUCCGAGGAGGUGAAAUUCCAGAAUCGCCCCGGAGGAAACUCGAGUUACGAGAGCGAGGAGGGUCCCGAAGAGCGGGACCGGUUAAGUAAGGUCAAGGCCGAGGAGAGUACCUCGGACCACCGAGGUCAGGGUCAAGAAAGGCUCCCCAAGGAUUUUAGGAACCAGGCAGGGAUCGAGGAGGGAUUCGGAGGAUCCACGGUCGAUCCCACUUUGGAAUCCCACGAGGCCCUGAACGCCCAACGUCGUCUGAGAGACUACAACCCUGACAAGGACCAUGAGGAGGACAUCGACGAGGAAACUCCAAAGGCGCUCUUCUUCGAGGAACUCCCGACAGGAACCUCGUUACCGAUCCUGGGCGAAGUGCUCGAAGAGCGGAACAAAAGUCGCGGAGACAAUGGCACCGGUGUUGCUCCGACAGCUGGCAAGAACCCUCCGGAAGGGAAGGUGGAAAAUAAUGGAAAGGAGGAAAAGAGGGACACGAAGAUUCCCAAGAACGAUGAGGUGGAGGAGAAGCUCGGGAGAAUUAGAACGAAGAACUUGGAGGACCUCGACGUGGACCCCUCGCGGGAGGCCCUCGAGGACGCCUUAAAGGAGAAGGCCGAUCGAAACGCCGUGUCGUUGGUAAACGAUACCCUGGUCAAUUACAAUAGUCAGGAGAGCGAUCACGGAGGGUCGGAGAACUCGACGAAGGGUCCUGGAGGAGAGGACGAGGCUAAGGACGUCAACAAGGUGUACGACCCGAAGAAGGAAUUCGAGGUCGUCGCGAACGCGAGUCUUCCGUCCACCCUGAGAUUCGUGGCGAAGAACCUGGACAACGUGACCGAGGAGGAUGCAAAGUCAAAUUCAAGUCGAGGGGUCGACUCCACCUUGAACGGAGACGAGAGCUCGAAUCGUGCCGAUUUGGAGCAGGAGGUCGGAAAUCUCGAUAUUUCCGGAAAGGAAGUAGAGGGUGCUGAUAAAAAAGUCGACGAGAAGGCUUUGGGUAGCGUCCCGAAGGAUGCUCCAAAAGGUCGCACGAUCUCGUUCUCGGCUGGGAACGAAUACCUUGAGGGGAAAACAACGCCCUCGAGGAAAGAUGCCGACCGAAACGCCGAGGAGGCGACCGAUAAGAGCUUCCCGAAGAAGACGAUCCUCCCCGAGAAGACUGCGGAGCAGAAGCCUUAUCCUUACGUCAAGUUCCCGGCGCAGUCCCCUACGACACAGCCAACCACGCUGCCAAGGAUGGAGCCGGUUGUAAAUCCGAUCCAGGAGGUGAAGCAAGACCCCGUCGUCGAAGAGUCCACGGAAGAAGCUUCCGCCUUCGAGAACACUAUUGGUAGGCAAAGCUCGGAUGAGAAGUUCGUCGUAACCGAGCCCUCGGUCGUCCUGGAGAACAGCAUCCAGCAGAUGAAGCCAGCCUCCUCCAAGAGGUCCGGGAACUUGUCCAGGUUCCAGGAUUCUACCUUGAACGCAACCUCUACGACCUCGGUAUUCGUAGCGACGACUCCAGGAAGCCUGGUGGAGCAGACCGCGAGCGACGAGGCAGCAUCUUCGGGGACCGGCGUGGGAAGUACCGCCUCUUCAGGGUCUGACGGGUUGGAAGUUACCGCAGGAGGAAACGACGUGGGCAGAAGGAGCGACGACAAGACGGAAGAGACCUCCCAUAUCGACGUAACCGGAAAUGGGAUCACGGAAGAGAGCGCCUCCACCUCGUCUACGGACCCUCGAGGGACGAAGAGCCUCCCGGGUGAGAACGGUAAUUCCACCGAAGGGCCCUCUAAAGAGGUCGACACGGCGAGGGCGACGUCGAACGUGACCCCGGAGACCUCGCUAAAAAACGCAUCCGAAUCGAACGCCGAAGAGUCCGGUCUCUCCGUCUCUCUCCCCGGUACCACUUCCUCGGAGAACCUGACGACUCUCGGUGCGACAUCCGAGAGGUCCACGGUUCCCGAGGAGGAGAUCCAGAAGUCGCAAGAAAAGGAGCAGAGCGACGGGACCGACUCUCCCGGGACCAAAGAAGACGAAGAAUCGUCGACGCUGGCCAGCACCACCGUGGAGUACGAAUUCGUCGCCCUGACGGAGGCGAAUCCCCGGAACUCCAUAUCCACUUCCGGGAACGAGGAUCCAGGGAUCGAUGCGAAGAAUUCCACGGUCGCGAACGAGGGGGAGAAGCCCAGCGACGCCAUUUUGGAGAACGGGAGUUCCGCGGCGUCCUCGGAGAAUCCUUCACCCUCGAUGAAUUCCUCGGAGUCUAGCCUUGUGACGGGGGAACUGCAACCGGACGGAACGAACGACGUAACCGGGACCGGGAAUUCCACCCUGAAGAGCCAGGAAGAAGGCGCUCUCGGAGAUGAGACCUCUUUUACGAGAGGCGUCCUCAGUUAUUCGGAGAACGAGACGUCCGACGUCGGUGCCGCGAAUUUCUCCAGCUUCGGCCCGAGCUCUUCGAACUUCGGAACAACUGCCUCGAGCUUGAAUGUAAACUCUUCAGGGUCGAGCACCCCUCGUAUGUCCGGAACAUCCGAAGUUACGGAUUUCUCGACCCUCCCGAAUUUCUCGAAUUCCUCGAGCAGCUCCGAAUCUUUGCCGGUCGGGAACUCGAGUAGUGCCGUCGUAGUCGGCAAUGCCACGUCUUCGAGCAUCGUCCCCGAAGACACGAUGGGCUCUUCAAGUGCCACGACCGAGAUGAGCUCUUCGAGAAGGAACGACUUUACCUCCGGCGGAAACGCGACGGUCCUCUCCGGCUCUUCGACUUCUACGACCACUACGACGGCAGGCCCUUCAAGUUCUCCAACUUCUCCAACUGCUCCAACUUCUCUGGACAAUGUGGACGAUCGAACGCGUCCGGACAAUUCCCAGGGCAUAGAAAUAGUCACCAAGGGGAACGACGAGCGGAUAUACCCUGCCGGGAACGGCGAUGCUCCCUUCUUCGUCAGGAUCGUCCUGGAGGGCACUUGGGCCGACGUUUGCCCUCAAUUACCGGCCUUGAGGAAGUCCCUCGCCGAGCUAUUGACUUCCGGCAUGGAGAAGAUGGUCGCACCGGCUCAAAUCGUUUUCCAUCAUACCCAGUGCGGAGACGUCCUGACGUUUACGUCCUCCUCGCUGGCCUCGGAUAUGCCGACCACCUCCGUCCUGAGCUACGUCGUCGACGAGGACGGCAAUUUCGACCCGAUCAUGACGAAACUCCUGCCGAGUCUCCACAAAGUUUCGCCGAUCAGCUUCCCCUUGGCGGUGCACAGUUUCCUUUUGGUCCAGGAGUCGGACUCUGGGAACGCCAUCGCCGUGGUGGUCGUCUCCUGCGUGGCUUUCAUAUGUCUGGCUCUUCUGGCUGGCUUGUUGUUUAUCAUGAGGAAACGACAGACGAGGUUCAAUUAUGGGGAGCGAUGUCGGCCCGUCUCCUUGGAUGCCUACAGCCUCGACAGCGUCUCGGCGUACAACAGCGUCCGCAGAAAAGGCGCGACGAGAGCCUCGAAGAGGAGCUACGGAAACCCGACCUUCGAGGACUCGAGCGUCAUCCCCACGCAUCCCCUGAAUUUCGGCGGUCUGUCGACGUUUUGCAACGACGUUAACGCCAUCUCCGAGGAGUUCAAGGGGAUCCCCCAGGAGUCGGCCAGGAUAGACGAGCUUCCGACCGGGGCGGAGGUGAAGAACAGAUACGCGAACGUGAUUCCACUUCCGGAGACCCGGGUGCCGCUCCAGAAGAUCAACAACGAUCCCCUCAGCGAGUACAUAAACGCCAGUUACGUUCGGGGCCCGAAGAACGCAACGAAAUACUACAUCGCCUGCCAGGCUCCUCUCGAGUCGACGGUCACCGACUUCUGGAGGAUGAUCUGGGAGCAGCAGAGUAAGGUCAUCAUCAUGCUCACCGAUCUGGUGGAAAAUGGGGUAGAGAAGUGCGCGGAGUACGUCCCUCCCUCGGAAGUGACGGACUGCCAUAGGCUUUACGGCGACUUCCAGGUCACCCUGAAGAAGAGGGAGACGAAAGAGAAGUACGCCAUCUCCUCGCUCCACUUGAAGAAUCUGGAGAACAAUACUUUCCGGGAGGUGUCGCAUAUCUGGUACAUGUGGCCAGCCAACGGGACGUUAUCGGACGGAGCGGGUCUGAUAGCGGUUCUCCUGGAGGCCAGGGCUCUUCAGCGAGGUGGCCCGGGUCCCAUCGUGAUCCAUUGCAGUCCUGGCACGGGUCGCACGGGAACCUUGAUAGCCCUCGACCUGGCGAUCAGACAGUACGAGAUAACCAGGACCGUGGACGUGCCCAGGGUCGUCUACACUAUCAGAAGAGAUAGAGCCGGAGCCGUGCAAACGAAGGAGCAGUACGCCUUCGUGUACAAGGCAUUGUACCUUUACGCGACCAAACUUGCCGGAGGGGCUUUGGAGUCCAUGUGAGAGGUCCUACGUCCGUAGGAGCACUGAUAUCUAAGCACGAGAGCAUUCUAAGUCAGUAUUAGAGAGAAGUUUUAAUUCCGUAUAGAUUAAAGCCGCCGCGAGUUCUUCUCGCGACGGAGACGCGGGAAAGAUGCGAAGAAGUCCGCGGGGACGAUGAAGGAAGGAUACGAAGUGGAUACUUUCGACUGACCACCGAACAGGAGGAAACCACCGAUGCGUGAUAUACAAGAUAUACAAGAUAUACAAGAUGUACAUUUUGGACCACGACCGUAUUAUACUCGCGUAAAUGCGAGCCAAUCAUUGUCCGAAUCGGACACCGGAAGUUUCAACUCGACGGGACGCGGAGUGCGUAAAUCUCCCCGGAAGAGAGCUCUACAAGGUAUAAUUAUAAUUAAAGGACGAGGAGGAGGAUCAGGACGAGCUUGUGCGAAAAAAAAAAGAAAAUCUCCUAUAAGGACUCUUACGGUGAUAACGUCAAUUCUCCUCGACGAGCGAUUCGCGAUAUUCCUCGGCCACCGGGCAGCCUAAAUUGCACGUUCCUGAUAUUAUCCAAGCAAUCGUAGGCACUAUUGUUGUUGUUAUUAUUGUUGUUAUUGUUGCUCGAGAUAUAUGUAUACCGACUAAAAAGAAGUCACGGAUAAGAGCGGUACGGUCGAUCCUGUACCGCCGAUCGGGAGAUCGCGAUUACCUAACUCAUAGCACUUGGCUCUCUAUUAUAGUUUUUACUCGUAUAAGAAAAAGAUAAGGAGAAGUGAUAUCGUUUCCUAAGGCGCUUUUAACGAUACCGCGAGGCGAUUCCCUUAAGCGCGCGUUUUGCGUCAUCAAUUAGAAGGCUAAUUUGUCCUCGUCCACUCCUGACCGGCGAUUUGCGUUGCUCGAAAGUCAUACGUAUGCGCUAAGAUUUUUUAUGCGUUUUAGGAAAAACCGAGCGAGUAGAAAUUUCGAUCUUAGCCUCGAAGAAGGUUCAGGAAUAAUUUCCAGCCGUUUUUGACAUAACGAAGAGAGACGUAAGGACCUUAGGAGGUCAUACUUGGGUUACGUUCAAAGGAGGCCGAAAUUUCUACCAGCUCGGAGGGGGGGAAUUUCUUUAAAAGGUAACCUAGUGAUAUCGAAACGCGAUUUGGAUAUGAGACACGGCAAGAGGGUAUCUACACAUUCCACCGAAUAAGUUUUCUCCAUUGACCGAUGUCUAUUUAACGCGUCGGAAAAUUUGCGCAGACAAUCGUAGGAUUUGCGGGCAGCAGGCGAACCACGGGGUAUAUACACGGACUCUCAAGUGAUCAUUUUAUUACAUACAUAUAUAUAUACACAUAUAUACACGUUAUAUAUAAAUAUAAGAGGCGACAGAAAAGCGCGUAAGCUGUGACAUUGAUUCAUGUUUCCGAAAGGUUCGACGUCCCAUGUAGACGUGUCUCUUAACUGUGCAGUGUAUUACCGAUGUACAUACCAUUUAAUAUAUUACAUGUAUAUUAGAGUGUAACGAUGCGAUGUAUACGUGCAUACACAUAAUAUAUCGGCCUUUUAUGCGUCA